UCCCGCUCUGCGGCUGUGCCUGCGCCAGCCGCUAUGGAGCAGGGCCCGGCGGGGGGCUCCGCCGCCUCCGCGGCCGGCGGCGUGCUGCUGCCGCUGAGCGAGAGCGAGCAGCAGCGCUACUCCGAGCUCUUCUCGCGGUGCUGCCCGCCCCCCGAGGCGGCCGCCGGCGGCAGCAGCGUGGGCGAGCUGUUCCGGGCCUCCCAGCUGCCCCCGGACACGCUGCACCAGAUCACAGAGGUGUGUGGAGCCAAGCGUGUGGGGUACUUUGGUCCUGCCCAGUUCUACCUGGCCCUGAAGCUGAUCGCAGCGGCGCAGGCUGGCUUCCCGGUGCGCCUGGAGAGCGUGAAGAACGAGCUGCCUCUGCCGCGGUUCCCGGCGCUGCAGGCUGACGCCGACGCUCGCUAUGGGCCUCCCGCAGAGCUCCACCCGGUGAAGUUCCAGGUUCCACAUGCAGCCUUGGAGAAGAACUGCUACAAAAGAGCGGAGGAAGGAGACAAACAGGAAGCCAUGUCCCCACCCAUGUCUCCAAUCUGCUCCCCUCCUGCUUCUCCAUCUGCCUACCAGAGGAUCCCCUUCACUUAUGGAUAUGGCAAAGCCAGGAGUGGGCUGGAGCAGCAGCAUGGAGCUCCCUAUGAAGUCAGACACUCUGCACACCAGCAAGAUGGACCAGCAGCAGGAGGUUAUGGUGCCAAACCUGCACUUGCCUGUUCAGCUCUCAACCGGUCUCUUUCAGUGGAACGGGAGCAGCAGGACAGCAGCAGCCACUACUCGGAUGACCCUUGGAGGAUCACGGAGGAGCAGCGAGAUUACUACAUCAACCAGUUCAGGUCCCUGCAGCCCGACCUCAGCUCCUUCGUUUCAGGUUCCGUGGCAAAGAAUUUCUUCACAAAGUCCAAGCUGCCCAUCCCAGAGCUUUCUCACAUCUGGGAGCUGAGCGAUGUGGACUGCGACGGAGCCCUGACCCUGCCGGAGUUCUGCGCCGCCUUCCACCUGGUGGUGGCGAGGAAGAACGGGUACCAGCUGCCCGAGGCGCUGCCCGACACGCUGCUGCCCGGCUACCUGCAGGCGGCUUCCCUGAAGCCCAUCCAUGACUGCACCCUGUUUGAUUCCUACCCUGAGGCACUGCCAGGCAGCCAGCAGAGUCGGGAGUGCAGCCGGACAGAGGCAUCAGCUGAGGAGGCUCCUGAUAAGCCUGCCCUGACACAAGAUGGAAAGAAGGAUGACAAACAAGCUCUCAAAGCAAGUGCUGCUCUCAGAACCAUACCAAAGGAAUUUCAGCACUUCACCAUGAAAACAGCUGCUCAGGAACCCAACCCCAACGUGCUCAGAGCCAGACCACGCUCCAGGUCUUAUUCCAGCACAUCCAUAGAAGAUGCCAUGAAGAAGGGGGAGGAGCCUCCUACGCCCCCUCCACGGCCACAGAAAUCCCACUCCAGAGCUUCCUCUCUGGAUCUGAACAAAGUCUUUCAGCAGAGCAGCCCAGCUGUGAGGUCUGCCUGGCUGCCUCCGCCGCCCGCGCUGCCCCCUCGGCCGUCCGUGGCUCAGGCAGAGCAGCCCUCUGAGCUGGAAUUGCCUCCUCAGCUGAGCAGAGCCCCGGCACAGGCAGAAGAGAGCAGCCCAGCAAAAAAGGAGGUUGUCCUCGCUCAGCCACCCUCCAAACCUGCCCGCAGGAAGCUCCGGACAGAGGCACAAGGGCUGGAGACCCCUGAGAUGUCCCCCACUAUCAGUGUGACCUCUGCCCUGCCAGCAGCCAAGACUCACCUCUCAGUCCCAAGGCAGCCCUCCCGGCAGAAGAGGGCCAUCCAGACUGCCAUCCGCAAGAACAAGGAGGCCAACGCCGUGCUGGCCCGGCUCAACAGCGAGCUGCAGCAGCAGCUGAAGGAGGUGCACAAGGAGCGCAUCGCCCUGGAGACACAGCUGGAGCAGCUGCGCCCUGUCACCGUCCUCUGAGCCCCGCCGAGCCUGCCCUGCAGAGGAGCACCAGGCAGGGCCUCUGCCCAGGUGGGGAGAGGCAGCUUCGGGCUCUGCCUUGGCCCUGCCUUUGCAGCUGAAGAGGGCACAGGCGGCGAGGAGCUGCCUGCUGGGUGCCGGCGAGCAGAGAGCUGCUCUGCUUCUCCCUCUUCCCACCCGGAGAUGAAGGACCUGAGAGUGUUUUAUUUAUCUAGAGACUUCUUGGUUUGCCUGCAUCCUGGCAGUACCUCCUGCCAGCACCCCGAGGAGCUACAGCAUUCCCCAAGGCUUGCUUCGGUUUCCAACUCCUCCCCUGGAGGUGGACUUGUGGCUGUCACCGGAGGCUAGCGCCGCGGUGGGCUGCAGGACUCGGCAGGCACAGAGCCUUUGUCUGCAGGCAUGGCUCGGGUGAUGUUGUUCUAGCAGUGGUUGCCAUGGCUGGGUUUUGAUCUUAGAGACCUUGUAUUUUAGAGGGUCACACAGGAGAGCAGGAAAACAAACCUACAGAAACAGCAGAAAGGACUCAAAUUGGAUCCUUUUGGAAACUGCAAAAAACCCAACCUGGAUCAUUUCCCUUGGGCUAAAGCUGCUUCUGUCAGCAGGGUUGGAGCACUGCUUGCAGCUCCCACUGCCUCUGCACACCUUUAGCACCUCUGGGGUCACUGAGCUAGAGCUUUAUAGGCUUUUCUUUGAGGGGUUGCUUUACUUUUUCUUCUUUCUUUGUUUUUUAACCCAGAGCAUAUUUGUAAGGAGAGGCUAAACAUGUAUGGGGGGGGCACUUUUGAUAAAAGCUGUUCUAAGGA